CGCUGCUGUGCUUGCAUUCGACGCUCGCAUACAUAACAAAAGUGGACAUUUUUUGUUUUAUAACAUGAUCUAGUGCUAAAUCGAUUUAUUUAAGAACAAAUAUAACAAUUUGCCUAAUUUCACAAUUUUAUGCGCGAAUAUGCUCAAUACAUAUUAAAAUUUAACCACACAUAACUUCAAGGAGUGUCCUAUCGUUGCCAUGACUACAUGAUUCUUGAUUCUUGGAUCAAAAGUUAUGCACUACCUUUGAUACAGAAAUACGCCACUUGUUGCUUUAUUCUGGACGCUUACUUCUCCAAGUCAAAGUCACAGGUCAAAUCUAUUUGCCUCAUAACCUCAAAUAUUUCGUUGCGCCAACCAAAGUAACGCUAGUGUUAUAAACUUAUAUUAUAAAUAUACCAUUAAAUUCCAAGGAACAAAAUGGAUUGUAUUUACGAGGAUAUGGACGUGCUGCCUGAUAUUGACGUUGAAUAUAAGAAGGUACAAUCAUUAAAUAAAGAACUUAUCACAAAAAUCACUCAACUUGAAGCAGAAGUUUCAAAGUUAACUGAUACCCUAGCAGCAAUGAAGAAACAACAACAAGAUUUAGAAAAUAAUAUUUCAUCUUUGUUUAACACAGCCAGAGCUGAAUGCGAAAGGAAAGAUAGGCGAAUUGAUGAGCUACAAAAGAAAUUUGAUGACAUUGUAUUUAAGAGAGAUACAUAUAGGCAUAGAGAGAUGAGUGACAGUAGUAGGCAUAGUAGUCAUUCAAGUAGAAGUACAUCACCUAAAGAUAGAAAGGAUAGGAAAGAUCACAGAGAAAGAAAGGAUUUACCAUCCAGAAGUUCAAAUCAUCAUGAUAGAGGAAAUAAUAACAAGCAUAGUAAAAACUAUGUGAAUACAGAUAAUAGAGAUACCAGGGAUAAAUACAAAGGGGAUAAGGAUAAGAAUAAUCCAAAACCUGUUAAAAGAAGUAGAAAUGAUGAUAGAAAAUCUCCACCUAUCAAAAAGCCUAGAUAUGAACCUGAAAAACAAAAAAGUGAAAAGACUGUUAAAGAAAAUGAAAGAGAUAAUUUAAGAACCAAGAAAAAUGAUUCACAUGAAAAGAAUGACAAAUCCAAACAGAAAAGCAAGGACAAAGAAUUAAACAAAGAUAAAACAGUAAAGAAAAAACUGAAAAGGUUGAAAAAGCUGAAGAGUCUACCAAUAUUCAACCUGGUAAGACUAUUGAGACUUUGAAGCAACCAAAAUUAUCUGAAGUAAUAACUAGUAUAUCUAUAUCUGAAGAAGAUGGUGAAAUAAUUGAUGAGAAUGAGAUUAAAGAGCAUGCAGUUUCUCAAAAAAAUAGCAAUGAAGCUAAUUUAAGUAUUAAUAUUAAUAAAGAUAUAAAGAAAUUUGAUCUUACCACAAAUACGUUGAAAGGAAAAACAAAAAAUGUUUCUAAUGAAAAUACAGUUCCAACUAAUCAAACAAUUAUACCAAAAUGUACUUCAGAGGAUUCUGCAAAGUCUGGGAACCAAGAAGAUGCAAAAGAAUCUAAAAUAUCUUUAAUUCAACCAGACAAACUAAUUUCUGAGUCAGAGGUAUCAUUAAAACCAAAACUGAAUUUUAGUGGCAUGCUUGACAAUGAACGUAAGAAGAAAGAGGUUUUUUCAUCUAUACCUCUGACCGCGAGUGUUAUGUUUAGUCAGAGUCCAUCACCCACAGCAACGAAUACCGCAUUUACACCAGAUCCUAUUGAUUUGACAUCAACUAGUAGUAAUAGCAAUGUAACAGCUUCCAAUUUUGAUCUGAAUAACUCGAGGAUAGUAAACAGCACACCACUAGUGCGGAAUUUUCAGGAGAAACAACUAAUAAAUGCAAUUAAUGCGAUUUCUGCUAAUUCUAUUAGUGUUGCCACGUCAGAGAAUUCAUCAGAUAAUAUUAAUACAAACUGUAAUGAUUCAACAAUUGUAAAUACUAUUGCCGGAAGCACAAUUGAUAAGGAAAAUAUUCACGAUAGAACGAAAAUUGUUGAAAGAGACAGUAAAGCUGAAGUGACCUCUCCCUCAGUCGGCACAGGAAGAGGUAAACCUAGACCUAAACGACGUGGUGGUACAGUGAAAAUGAUUGACUGAUUUUAGUAUUAAAAUGACUAGUAUUUUACUUAUUACAUAUUUUUAUUCAAGACACUUCAGUUCCAUUUGAUAAGCAAUUGUAAUUUGUUUUUUAAAGAAUUGUAUUUUAAUGAAAUAUAUACAUUAAGUUUA